AUUUGGCCGCCCGCCCUUCUGCAGCCUCAGCAGGCUCGACUCCCCUCCCCCUCUGCAGGUUCCGCCGCCAUCAAGCCGAAUCGUGUGCUCAGGAGGGAACCCCGAGAGCCUGGGAAGGCCAGACGAAGCUGCGAGACUUUGGACGUCUCUCACCUCCACAUUCCCUGUCCCGGAUCCCUCAAAGAUAAGAUGACUUUUCAGUGGACUGCUGUUGCAGCCUUUUUGUAUGCUGAAAUAGCAAUAUUAUUGUUACUCUGCAUCCCCAUAAUUUCUCCUCUGAGGUGGCAGAAGAUUUUUAUGGUUUCUGUAUGGAAUAAAAUUACAAACUAUUGGAACAAGGCAUUCCUUGCAAUUAUAAUUCUAUUAAUUGUUUUAUUUCUUGAUGCAGUAAGAGAGGUGAGGAAGUACUCAAACGUUCGCUUAGAUAAAACUACACAUACAAGUACCAGUGCAUUUGAUCACAUUCAAAUGAAACUUUUUAGGUCACAACGAAAUCUUUAUAUCUCCGGAUUUUCUCUGUUCCUUUGGCUUGUUCUGAGACGUACCAUUUCCCUUAUCACUUCAUUGGCAAAAGAGAUGGGAGCCCAGGCAGCUCUGGGAAUGCAAGUAGAAAAUACCAAUGAAGUUGCCAAGAAGUACUUGGAAGAGAAUGAACAACUGCAGCAAUCCCUGAAGGGUAAAACAAAUUGCGAUACUGAAGAGUUGUCUGAUGAAACAAAUGAAAAGCUAAAGCAAGAAGUGGAAAAACUGAAAGCAGAAUUAAAGAAAACUUCACAUGUCAGGUUGUCAACCAUGCCAGGUGCAAAAAGGGUCACCAGGGCCAAGAGCAUCCAAUCCCUUUCCCUGCCUUGCACCAGAGGUAGGGGUCGGAGGAUCAGCCAGCAACAAUCUGGGUGCCCUGCAAUAGGUUCUAAUUGGGCCUGUUCUCAGGUGCCUCCAGACAAUGCUGCCUUGCUGCAGGACAUGUCCCAAACCCUGGCACAACUGGCAGUUAAAGUAGACCGUCUGGAGGCUUCAAGCCUGGGUGUCCAGGCCCCACCACCUCAGAAGACACGGCAGAAGCAUGUGCGAAGACAAGCAGCGUCACCAGUUGGGGGUUCUUCUACUGACAAGGACCAGGAGAAUGGCAAAGAUCGAAGGAAGGGGCGGCAAGCCAAGAGAAGCAGCCAGUCAAAGAAGCCCAGGAAGCGGACUUCCCGGAAACAGCAUGAAGACUGAGACAACACAGGAAAAACAGCCCUGGGUCAAAAGAGAGUAUGGAUAUUUGAACACAGCAUCAUCUUCUGGGCUGGCUGAUUCACGCAGUCUUCAAGUUGGGACCAGCACCUGGGCCUUGGGCCUGCUGUUCAUCUCACUUGGUUUGGGUUUUGGGGAAUGAUCUGGGAUGAGCCCCUGCCAUGGUUUCUGGAACAGGCGGUUGCUGCUGGACCUCCAGACAUGGAGAUUAUGCAGCUGGGCAAAAAUGAUCUGGGCAGGAGAAAAGUCAUCAAUAUUAGCCUUAUGUCCAUCAAGCAUCUCAGCCAUCUGCUCUCCUGUUUUCCUCACCUGAUAGUUUUCUGGUCCACCCUCCUGGAGUGUAUAAGCUUGAGGGGGUGGAAGAUCCCGCUCAGCUGGACGGCAUCAGACAGAAAAUUAAUAAGGUGGUGGGCUGUUGCGUGCGGGCCCAGGGUGAUGGGGUGAUUCAGUACCCUGCCAUCUUCUUCUAGAACUCAUAGCUGAAUUGACAAAUUGGCAUCCACCUCUCCAAAGCUGGCUCAGAAAUCUGGCUAGGUGAUAUUUGCAAUGCCCUGUUCAGUUGGUUGCAGUCACUUUAAGGUUUGGCGGUGAGCUAGCUGGCUAUCCACCCUGCUUUUGUGGCAGAAAUUUCACAUCAGGCAAGAUCCCUAUCCAGGAAAGCAAGGGGCAUAGCCUCCAGCUUCCCAUUUUGGGGAUCUCCUUAACGGACAUGUGGUGCAGCCUCAACAUCCAUCACCCUAGCAUGGGAGGGGACAUGAUGGGUGGAGUCACUACUGGUUGGCAAAGGGCCUCCAACACCAGUACACAGUGAGAGGCCAAGCCCCUUCCUAGAAGGGGUGGACCCAACUCACCAUGAUCUCUCAGUGCUCAGAGGUGGGGGGCAGGAGAUCUUGUAUCUCACCAUAGGUGAACUGUGCAAUGGACCGCCCUAUAUCAAGCCAAACCCUCAAGUUUCUGUAAGCAGUAAAGAGUUGUGGCCUUGUUUAUACCCCAUACUAGUCUCUGUUAUCAUUAUUUUGCUGCCUUGGUUGCACCUCAUGCCUGGGUCUGCAGUUAUGGAACCUGAUUUGUGGCGUGGUGGGCAUCCACGAGGCAAAGGCUCAUGGCUUCGCACCUCGAAGGGCACUACCCCGUGAGGGAAGAGGAGACAGUGUGCCUCCGCAUGAGCCAAUCAGCUAUCCACUUGGCUUGCGUGGAAGCAGGGCCUGUGAAUGGACCAGGGGGAGAACUAGCCUCCCCUGUGUCUGAUCACAGGCUAUGUAAGGAAGUCUGUCCCCAUCCUUUCCAGCCAUUCUCGUGAAGAAUUUCCCACCCACCCGUGCUUUGUUUUUCCAGGUUUGUUUUGACCCCCCCCCCUUGAUGUGGACUUUGUCAGGGCUAGGAAGGAGUUCUGCCAGGUUUCCCCCCCCCCAGCACUCUGAGCUGGGUUGCAGGAGCUCAUGUAAGCACCUGUGCAGUGGGCAGAUCUUGCCGUAUACCAAGCCAAACCCUCAAGUUUCUGCAAUCAAUAAAAUGUUACGACUUUGUUUUUACCCCAUACUAGUCUCUGGUCUCAUUAUUUGGCGCCUUCACCCUUGGUCAUACCUCAUGCUUGGGUCUGCAAAUCAUAUAUACUAAUCUAGCACCACCAAGAUCAUACUAUUGCAGUUGAACUUAAUACUGAUGCUUUUUUGCCUUCACUGCCCCUCUGAUCUCUAUACCACUUUCCUUCAACAUCUGCAUGUCCUUUGCUUGCCCACUUUUUUUCCUUCCAGCAGCACACAGGUCUCUAGACCUGUGAUGUUUCUCUUAUCCAAACUGAUCUUUCUGUUUCUUCACACAAGCUCCAUUGUUUAUCAGCAUUCUGUUAUAUCCCUCUUAUGCAGUUAUUAUGUGUUGAACAUUCUCACCCACUGCCAAGGACUUUCAGGCAUGUGACAUUCAGUUUUAGCUUAUUAUAUAGUAUUGCAGUAUUUCUUUUGGGGAGGGAAAAUCAUUUAAUGU